CACAGGUCGAGCAGGGUUGGUGCCGAGGGCAUUUUCAGGAAAGGAGACUUUGGAUCUUUAUUCUGCAAUCUUUCUGUUUGUAGCCAGAGAAAGAUGAUGCGAAAUAUCAAAUGCGUUGUGGUGGGGGAUGGGGCUGUUGGGAAAACCUGUGUCCUCAUCACGUACACAACCAAUGAAUUCCCGGAGGAGUACAUUCCGACGGUCUUCGAUAACUAUUCCACCACUGUCACUGUUGAUGGACAUGCAGUGAACCUUGGUUUGUGGGACACUGCUGGUCAGGAAGAUUAUGACAGACUCCGACCACUCUCCUACCCACAGACUGAUGUGUUUGUAAUCUGUUUUUCCCUGGUUAGUCCUCCUUCUUUCAUCAAUGUCCAUCCAAAGUGGUCCUCUGAGAUCAAACAUCACUGCCCCAACACUCCCAUCAUCCUCGUGGGUACCAAGCUGGACCUGAGGGAUGACAAGGAAACGAUAGAGAAGCUAAAGGAACGGAACAUGGCCCCCAUCAGCCGUGAGGAGGGCGAGCUGAAGGCGAAGGAGAUUGGAGCGGUGAAGUACGUUGAAAGCUCUGCCUCCAAGCAGGAAGGUCUGAAGACAAUAUUUGAGGAAGCAAUUCGAGCGGUGAUCCUCCAGCCCACGAAGAAGCGAAAGUUCCAUUGCCGUAUUCUGUAGACAGGUUAUUGGGAUAUUAUUGAUGGGAUAAGUCCUUGCCAUUUUCAGAGAUGUUGCUGAGCAUAAAGUAGAUCAAAACCAGUCAGAAUCGUUGAGGUCAAUGCCUCUUGGAGUGAAUAAUGGAGGUGCAGACCUGUAAUGAUGUCAAACAGACCUGGUGUGCACAUGGACCUGCACCAGCUCAUCACCCAGUCUUCAUCACUAUGAAGAAACUUUGGAUCUCUGAACCUUGGAACUUUGCUACCACAAUGACUCUGUUGUCUCUACAGAAACUAGAGCUCUGUAAGUGGGACAGUGUAUACAAGCAAUUCAGGUUGUCCCAGAGCAGGAGAAGGGUGAUCAUGUAUUGGACUUGCCACCUGCUGGAAGCACCCUCACUGACCCUCAUGUGAACUUCGUUCUGCUUUCUAUUCUAUU